AGUCUGCAGCCUCUAGCGAAAAUUUCAUGCGCCAAAAACGUAAACUAAAGAAGUUUUAAGGGAAAUAUAGCGAUACCGAAGACAGCCAGCUUGCAAAUGUAAUCCGCCACGAGAAAUUAACACCGGGGACAUUCAAUAUUGAAAACUGCUGCAGUUCAUCCUGCCGGAGUCGGCGUGAAACUAGAAACUUCCACCUUGUGGGUGGUACAGCAGCGUAGAAAGAAGAAGAGCAGCAACGCUGCUAACAAUUUCAUAAACAAAAGGAUAAAUAAUCCGUAAAAGAAGGUAUUCAUUUGCAGCUGGACAGGAUGUCCAGCAGAAGAAAGUGAAAUCAAUCCCAGCACUUGGCUAAGCAACACUGAAAAUCCAAUAAAAAAAUGCAGCAAAUGGACGAUCCGCCAUCGUUGCCCGUGGGCACGGAGGUGAGUGCCAAGUACAAAGGCGCCUUCUGCGAGGCGAAGGUCAGCAAGGUGGUGCGCAACAUCAAGGUAAAGGUUGCCUAUAAGCAGGGACUUGGCUCCGGCAUUGUUUCCGAUGAUGCCAUUAAGGCGCCAACAGGACAACUACGUGUGGGUGCCGUUGUGGAGGUACGUCAUCCGGAUCGCAAGGAAAUCGUUGAGGCUACCAUUACCAAGAUCCAGGAUUGCUCGCAGUAUACGGUGGUCUUUGAUGAUGGGGACAUAACCACAUUGCGGCGAACUGCUUUGUGCCUAAAAAGUGGUCGGCACUUUAAUGAGAGUGAAACUUUAGACCAAUUACCGUUGACCCACCCGGAGCACUUUGGCAAUCCCGUGGUGGGCGGACGUAGGGGCAGACGUCGUGGGCACCUAAACGAGGAUAGCUCCGAGGAUGACGACGAAAGCGAUGCCAAGGAGGUAGUCAACGAAAAGGAGGAAAACAUCGGAAAGGUAGUCUGCGUUGAGACAGAGUCCAAGAAGAAGGACAAGGAGAAGUGGUUCCCGGCUCUGGUGGUUGCACCCACAGCACAGGCCACCGUUCGCAUUCGAGUAAAGGACGAGUACCUGGUGCGCUCGUUCAAGGACGGUCGUUAUUACACGGUGCCCAAGAAGGAAGCCACCGAGUUUACACGCGAAGUGGCCAGCCGACAAGAUGUGCCUGCUGUGCAGGCGGCCCUCGAGUUCCUGGAUAGCAGCAUUCUUCCUGCCCACUGGGACAGGGACUCGCUUUUCGGCCUUACAAACAUUUCCAGCGACGACGACGGCGAGAUUGAUUCGGACUCCUCUGACGAUGUACCGCGCGAGGAGAAAGAUCACUUUGUAGCCCAGCUGUACAAGUAUAUGGAUGACCGUGGCACACCGUUAAACAAAGUGCCAUCUAUCCAAAGCCGUGACGUAGAUCUGUACCGUCUCUUUCGGGCUGUACAGAAGCGCGGUGGCUACAACCGCGUCACGUCGCAAAAUCAAUGGAAACUUAUUGCCAUGCGUCUGGGCUUUACGCCCUGCACAGUGAGUGUGAUGAAUCUGGUGAAGCAGGCGUACAAAAAGUUCCUGCAACCCUAUGGCGACUUCGAUCGCAAGCUGGGCUGCUCCAUGCUAAUGACCUCGCGAAACUCUAACCGCAGCAAGGGCAGGAGCCUAGUGCGGGCCAACUCUGUGGCCUCACCGAAGCCGAUGGAAACCACAAAGACGGAAACGACCAGCAAACUAGCUCAGCCGAAUCAAACGACCGCGGUGGCCUCAACAUCAAGCAGUGCAGCAGUUACUGCAGCUUCUUCAACACCGGCCAGAGCCGUAUCCACCGCCUCGCAAUCUGCAGCCGAGGAAUCAGGCAACACCAGUGAGUCUAGCGUGGUAGUGGAACCACCUAAGAAACAAAGGAAGGGUUCAGCGGCCAGCGGACAACAGGGUAAGGUUAAGAGCCUUGUAGAAAAAUACGAAGAGAAGUCGACUACAACUCCAAGCUCCUCAGCGGGGUCAGCUGCUGGAACAGGAGCUAGCGCAACCUCAACAGCCACACCAACCCCUUCGGCAGCGACAUCAACACCGGCCAACUUAUCAUCAGCAACCACUUCUGGAGGCUCUGCUCCCACUGCAGCUGCAGCAAGCAACAAAGAUGCUGAAUCGGAUCUGCCGCUGGCCAAAAUCAAGGCAGCUGCUGCAGCGGCCGCUUCCACCAGACACAGCAUUGAGAAGGAGACCAAUAUUAGUUCGGGCAGUAGUGCCUCUGCUUCCAGCAAGGCCAAUUCCGCGGAUAUGCAGCGUAGUCGCGAUGCCUCACCAACGGUUGCUGCACCGCCUUCUACGGGGGCAAGCACAUCUGCUGCAGCAGCCACUGCCACUGUCCAGCCAACGUCCAACAAAAAGGAGAAGCAUCAGCGUAGCAAGCAGGCAGACAAGGAGAAGGACAAGGACAAGGAGGAGAAGCAACCAGGCAGUGGGAAACGCAAGAAGGAGAAGAUUAGCGUGGAGAAGAUCGACACGGGCGACUUUGUGGUGGGAAUCGGAGAUAAACUGAAGGUGAACUACCACGAGAAGAAGUCGCCCAGUUCACAUGGAAGCACAUACGAGGCCAAGGUAAUCGAGAUCAGUGUCCAGCGCGGUGGAGUACCAAUGUACCUGGUCCACUACACCGGCUGGAACAAUCGCUACGAUGAGUGGGUACCACGUGCAAGAAUUGCUGAGAAUCUUACCAAGGGAUCCAAGCAGAAAACUCGUACCAUAAGCACCAGCAGCGCUAACAGCGGUAGUGGAGGCGGCGGUGGAGGCUCCUCCCUUUCCGUUCAGGGGUCGCAGCCACCGGGAUUGGCGGAUAAGCAUCAGCCUGGUAAGGAUGGCUGCUCAAAAAUUCCACCCUCAUCGGGCAAUUCCUCUGCAUAUGGAUCUGGAUCGCAGUCGGGAUCUCUGGGUGGGGCUAGCUCCACUCCAUCGCUGCUGUCCAGUGCGGGCAAGACUACGACAACGGCGUCUGGUGGUGCCAAGCGGGGACGGGGACGAAGCGACUCUAUGCCACCGCGCUCCACCACACCCUCGUCGGUGGUGGCUCAUUCCGGUCGAACAAAGUCUCCAGCAGCGUCACAACCGCAACUACAGCAACAGCAGAUGAAAAAGCGACCGACGCGAGUGGUGCCUGGUACUACUACUCCGCGUCGUGUUUCUGAUGCCUCGAUGGCUUCGGAGUCCGAUACGGACUCGGAUGAGCCAGUGCGGCGUCCAAAAAGACAAAGUGCCAAGGAGAAAACACAAGCAGGCAAGUCACAACCGCCAGGAAAAGGUCGCGUAUCUAGCAGGGCCUCCUCAACGGCACCGGCUCCCCAUCCCAGCGAUGAUUCCGAAGAAGAUGAAGAGGAUGAUGAGCCAGCGGCGGCAAGGGCAGCUCCUUCAAAGCAGCAGCAACAACAGGCUGCCUCUGUGCGUGGAUCCCGGGCUGGAGGCAAUCGUGCUAUGAGCAGUGGCGCCGCUUCUGCCAAGGGUCGCGACUAUGAUCUCAGCGAGAUUCGAUCGGAGCUUAAAGGAUUCCAGCCGAAAUUGCUAACGAAUGCCGCGACCAACGAAGAGCGCAAGGAUCUUGUGAAGAAGGAGUCUUCGACUGAACCAGCCCUGCAGGACAUCAAAAAGGAACCAAAACUGGAAUCCUCAGCCAAGAGCAGCUCCACAGAGCUAUCUUCGGAAACCGAGUCAUAUGUGGAUGAGGACUCACAGUCCUCGGACUAUCGCAAGCAACCGAAGGGUGCUGGAGCAGGCAAAAAGGAGGCAAUUGCCACUCCCUCUAAGUUACAUCAAGAACCAGUGCCGAAACGAGAGCUGGCGGUCAAAGAGGAACCACUGAAAAUCGAACCCAAAACGGAGCCCAAGGAGGAGGAAACCAAGAGCAAACCGUUCUUGUCCGGAGCUGAUAUCAAACCCACCGCUCUGAUAGCACCAGCAAGAUUUGGAAAUACCUCAGCUACCCAAGUGGCCAGCACAUCUGGAUCUUCGGGUACUUCUACGGCCAAGUACACAUCGGUGAUUGUCGAAAAACCCCUAACAAUUGGAGGUAAAAAGUCAGCGGAGCAGCAUGUCCCCAAGAAAGCAGACCUCCUCAAGAAGCAAUCCGGGCAAGCAGUAGCCAGUGGCGGUCCAAGUUCUUCCCAUGCCAGCCAGGACUCCAAGAAGUUUGCUGAACCCGUGGCUAGUUUAAAAGUGGAACUGCCGGCAGCUUGUUCGCCGUCGUCAUCCUCUUCCUCAUCUAGUUCCUUCUGUUCGACCGGUUCUGCGGCAAGUUCCAGUUCAGCUACUCGUUCCCUGCCAGAUAUGAGCAAACUGGAGAUUAGUAGUGGAACAGUGCCAGGAGCGUCCACAGCACCAGUGCCAUCACAACCGGGCAAUGCCACACAACAUGCCUCAUCCACCGGUGUGACCAAGGAAUCAAAGUACAGCAGCAGUGGAGGAGCUACAGGAUCGGGACUAAGCAUGCGGAAGCUACUAUCAUCGGAUGUCUACGAGUUUAAGGACACAGAGCCCUUUGAGUUUGAGAAGCGCAUCUCACCGAUGGCCUCUGUGGGCGGCACUGUGACUGCCGGAGCCACGGCAGCUGCCGGAUCAGUGGUGGGUGCAGGAACUGCUUCAGUGAUUACGGCAGUAAUGCCAACACCAGGAGCAACCGGAUCAGGCGGGGCUCCCUCUUCAACGCCAUUGGUUGUCAGCUCGGCGGCCAGAAAGAUGAUACUCAAAGUCAGCGCAAUGCAGCAGAGUCUGGAGCAGCACCAAUUGCCUGCCGCUGGGAGCCAUGAACGUGGUUACAGUGCAAUGCCGACAGCAAUAACAGCGCCCAAAGUGAAGAAGAGGGGUUCUCCAUUGAAAGAGUCAGCCCUGAGCAUGGAAAAGGCCAAAAUCUAUAAGCUGGACAAGGAUCAAGUUCAGCAGCAACAGCCAGUGGAACAGAAGGCCCAGCAACUAACACCUCCGACCCUAAAGGUCCUUCAGCCCGCAGGUCAAGUCACGCCUUCAUCUAGCAAUCCAGUGAAGAUGCACACUCCGCCAACAGCCGCUCGUUCAGCAGCCAUAGCAGUGACAGGAUCAUCCUUAAAUACGCCAUCCACCUCGAGUGGCCAUGCCAUGCUGUCCUCCUCUGCUACGCCUAGCCAACUGGCUCCGCAUCAUGCUACACCCUUUGAUGCCUUAAGGAAGUCGCCCAGUUUUAAUCUCAACAUCACCGCUCUGAAUGAGGAAUUGGCACAGACGGUCCAGGAAACCACUCGAGCACUAACAGAUGCCCUGCAGCCUCCAACAACGCCUGGACCACCGCCUCUCCGGUCGGAGGGUGUAUCGAUAUCAGGUCCACCAGUUACACCAGUGAUUACACCAACACCCACAACUGGGUCAGCUGCCUUGAUUUGUCCCAGUACGCCACCGACAGGUGCUAACCCAGUUUUGGCAUCGCCUAAAUUGACCACACCACCGCAGGCCACCAAUGCCAGCAAGCAGCCGCCGGCUCCUCACAUUGUAGGCAGUCCCUUUAUCGAAACUAGAAACGUGUUCGAGUUGAGCACUUCCAACGAGGGCAGUGGCUAUAGCUCUGGAGAGUCUAAAGACAACAAACUGGAGAAACUGGAGAACGUCAAGAUACUGUUGGCUGGAGCAGCAGGACCCUUUGAUCUGGAUGCCGGCAGUUAUGAACAGAAGACCAGCUCCAUAGCAGACAAGGUACUGAAGGCCAUCAGUCAGAAAAAAGAAGAGGUGGAGAACAAUAAGGGCAAGCCGCCAGUGGAAUCCGCCACCGCUGCUGCCAAGACUCCGGGAAGUGAAGAAGUGGUGCCCAAUCCUCCAGCCAAACUGGAUCUGUGUAGCAGUAGCAUCAAGCUGGAUACCCUGAAGCUGCUUAGCGAACCACUUAAGAUACAAACAGGUCCAUUAUUGGGUGAAAUUUAUAGACCCGGUCCAGCGACCAGCAGCCCAGAGACCAAGUCAAUUUUAGAGUCCUCACUUCCGGCAAAGAACAGCGAAUUGAGCGAGACCAUCCAGAAGCUGGAGUGUGCCAUCCAACAACGAAAGACACCAGUGGGUGGAGCACUCUCAUUGGCCAGUUCUACGGCUGGAACACCACCCGCUGCUCACACACCAAACUCUACAGCUACCGCAGGCGCAGGAUUCUCGGAUGAAUCCAUGGAUAGCACCGACUCCGAGCAGCGUCUGGUCAUUGAGGAUGUGAUAGCAGAAGAGCACACCACCACCACAACAACUGGCGAGCAAAAGAGUCCAGGAUCCGGGCAAGAAGAGGGUCAGACAAUCACCGCCAAUAUGGUAACGGCGGUUACCGUCGAAACUGAGGGCACCAGCAGCAGUACCCCGACACCUCCAGUCUCUGCGCCCGUUAAAUUGGAACUAGGUGGCAAGGCCCAGCCUGGAAUUCAAGCUCCCAUUCCUCUGAAGCCCACGGAGGGCAGCUCCUUUGCAGGUAAACUCUCAGCAGUAAAUCAACCUCCGCCGCUGGCCAAACUCCAGCAGCAGGAAGACUCCGCUCAGGGUCAGACGAAGAACAUAAGCUCCUUUGGUAUCCCCAUCGUUCUACCAGAGAUUCCCGCCUCCGUGGUGGUAGCCACACCAGCACUUAUGGUGGCUUCUGCCGCCAAUGUUAUGCGUCACAGUCCUGGUUCCACGCCAAGUUCGCCUGCGCCCGUCCUGAUCUCGCCAAAAGCGUUCCUCACCGCACCAAAGGUGGGAGAAGUGGGAGGAUUACUACUAAAGGCCUAUACAGGAGUUGGCGGAACAGUGGUGACAGGAGGAGUACCCACUGCUGGUGGUGUUAUAACCGCUGCCGGCGGAGGAGCACCCACUGUCAUCUCCAAUUUCACCCAACAACAACAGCAGCAGCAACCAGCUAGCGUUCAUCAAAGUGCACCAGAGAUACCCGCCAGCUACAUUUUAGAUUCCGAGAUAAGCGAAGCCCCCACCAGCAGUGCACCAGUGGUUGCGCGUCCAUUCGUGAUGCACGCCGUAGGCAAGGAACUAUUCAAUGUGGUAGCACCAGCGGCUAGUUCACCUCUAAUCAGUGAUCCUCAUAACGAGUCCAUCAAUUUGCUAUGCGAAGAAACCAUACCGGGCAGUCCGGCGCCGAAUUAUGGCGGCUCUGAACAGCUGCCUGGCGGCGUUAGCUCGGCGAUCGUGGCCAUUAUGGGACUAACACCUCUUCCGCCAGAUACGCCACCACCUGGAGCAGUUUCUGCCAUCCAGCAACAGCAACAUCAACUGCAAUCCGGACAGCAACAGCAGGCUACCAAGGCCGGAGAGGUGAAUCCCUCGGCUCCAAAUAGUUCACCAGACUCGGCUAGCCAGGAUGAAAGUGGCGAGGAGACCAAAAAGAAUGCCGAAUACGAGCACGAGGAUUCCACCGGACUAGGAGCACUGAACAAGCGUAAGCGUACCCGAAAAACGCUGCCGAUAACUACCCAAGCGGCUGCCGCCGUGGCUGCUCAACUCCAAUCUCUGGGCAAGCGUCGACGCCAGACAUCCGGAAUGCGCAGCCAGAAAACGACAACCACCACAGCUGGUUCCGAUACCGACGACAACUCGGAUAAUAUUCUACCAAACUCCGGACAACAGCAGCAGCAACGGCAGAGUGCCCGCCAGCAAAUGUUACCCCAAGGCAGCAAUGCCCAGCAGCAACAGCAACAGCAGCAGCAACAACAGCAACUCUUGCAGCAGCAGCAGCAGCAGGCGCAACUGCAGCAGGGCAUCCAGUCGAGUAGCACGUCGGGCGUUCGUCCCUGUCCAUACAACUUCCUUGUCGAGCUGGAUCCUGCUCUUAGCUCGGACGAGUGCAUCACAAUCCUGCGCAAGCAGAUUCAGGAUCUGCGCAAGGCCUACAACACCAUCAAGGGUGAACUGACGGUCAUCGAUCGACGGCGCAAGAAGUUACGUCGCCGGGAGCGUGAAAAGAAGCAGCAGCAACUGCAGAGCCAGCAGCAGGGCAAGAUCUGUGCCUAGCUGCGGAUGGAAUCCAUACCAACAUCCACAUCCAACGAACAGCGAGAACAUCAAUCUUAGGAUAUGUGCAACUAAAAAUGACUCUAUGGCCGCCAGAAAAUAACGAUUAAAGAUCGUUAAAUAUGGAUUCACAGUGUUAAGAGCAGAACUUGUAAAUCUAUGGUUUUUUUUUUCCAUUUUUAGAUUUAACCAUAAAUCUUUAUGUUUAAGCAAAGAUUUUCUCUGUAUAAAUACAUUUCAUAAGAUGUAUGUAUUCAUAAGCAAA